GGCGAUGUCGAAACACAAACAACCAUGCGCGCGACUCGUGUACAGAAGAUAUAAUGCCGUUCGUUUCUUUUGUCACAUAAUGGAAUAUAAUUAUCCUUUCUGUUGGAAAAACUGACCCAAGCAUGGAGCUAGGAAAAGCCAAGCUUCUGAGAACAGGGUUGAACACCCUUCACCAAGCCAUUCACCCGGUGCAUGGAAUAGCCUGGACGGAUGGUAAACAGGUCUGUCUCACAACCUUGUAUUCUGUUGAAGGUGAGCCCAAGUUUGGCGACACAAAUGUCAUCGGACAGUUUGAACACGUUUUGGGACUCUUCUGGGGUCCCCUGUGCUGCUCCGGUUCCCCGGCCUUGCUUGCCGUACAGCAUAAAAAGCACAUUACGGUGUGGCAACUUCAGCUAAGUACCUCGGAACAGAACAAGCUACUGUGCACGCAGACCUGCGAGAUGAGCGAGCCAUUCCCGCUGUUGUCCCAGGGAUGUGUCUGGCAUCCAAAAAUGGACAUCUUGGCUGUUUUGACCAAGCGGGACGCAUCUGUUCUGUUUUCGGUGCGAGUUGAUAAUCGUCGGGUGAAGGCUGACAUCAAGGGCGGCGGUUUGAUACACUGUGCUUGUUGGACUAAAGAUGGAACCCGAUUGGUCGUUGCCAUCGGCGGUGCGCUGCACUCGUACAUUUGGAAUGAUAUUCAAAAAAGCCUGGUGGCUUGUUCCUUCUGCCCCAUUUUUGACAUAGGGGGAAAAAUCUGUGCCAUCGAGUCCACCGACGAGGCGCAAGUUGCCGUAGCGACAGAACUGCCCCUUGAUAAAAUCUGCGGACUCAAUGCAGGCAUCGCCUUUGACUUGCCAAACGACUCUGAUUCGCCAUCAUCUCGGCCAGCUUCCGUUCUCGCGGUGGAUGCUGACUGUUAUUUAGACUCAAGAAGGAAAUCAUGCGAUUCGGAUCGUUCCGGACGCGCCUCAUUUUCCGGACCCAUAGAUCUAACACACAUUCUCUCCAAACACCGGAAAUCGGACCCAAGCCCCCUCAUUCACCUGAGGCGGCGAGAUCAUUUGACCGGAUCGGGCCAGGACUCAUCCCAUCUGAUUUUGGUGACGUACGAACGCAAGGUCACCACCACGAGGAAAGUCAGCAUCCCUGGGAUCUUGGUUCCUGACAUCAUCGCCUUUGAUCCCGGCGCAAACACCGUUGCAGUAGCAUCAAACACUUGCAAUAUGAUUCUGGUUUAUUGCAUCACGGAUUCCUCCAUGCCCAACGUCCAACAGAUUCAACUGCAAAAUAAUGAGAGGCCCAAAGGGGUGUGCUUCUACACCAGCAAGAUGUUGCUGUUUAUGAUUGGCCGGCAGAAGUCCAACGAUCCUGCCUUCCUCCCCUCCUCCAACACGGACAAGUACAUCUUGAAGCUGAUAGUUAAAGAGUUGGUAUUCGAUGAGGACUCCACCACCCCGGUUGUUCUGACGCCAGAGUCACCGAGCCAACAUCAUGGGAUUAGACGUCAUUCUGAGAACAUCUCCAAAGAUGAACGUUUACCAAUUAGAGAUCUAAUUCUUCCAGGUGGCUCUGCAAUUGUUUCACCAAUCAGCCGAAGGAAACUCAUCGAGGAGGUUCGCAGCUCAGAGCUAAGUCCUGUGGCGAGCUCUGCGGACUUCUCGGACAGAACGACAUCUAGUGCCUCUUCGAUCACUGUGGAAACCUACGACAUGGAUCACGUCAGGCGCAUGACAGCGUUAGCGAUAGCCGGCCAAGCCAGCCGCGAUUCCAGUGGACCGUGUUCUCCCAGAUACGAGGCCUCGGAGAAGUUGUUCUCCGAUGCCACAUCACAGAAGAACAGCUGUCAGUCCAAAGAGAAGAACCUGGAGCAGCUCACGCAGAACAUGGAGAGGAUCUUCGGCCGCUUCGCUGAGGUUCAGCAGUGCCUCUCGGAAAUCAGAGACUUCACGCAAAAUGGCAAGAAGUUGGCAUGCAGUUAUCCAUCUGGUUAUGAACCGCAGUAUGUGCACGUUACAUGUCAG